AGGGAGCACCAGCCAUCCAAUUGAAACUGAGAGUGCCGAGGGGUAGGUGGGGCAGAAGGAAAUUGGGCAGGUAUGUCAGGCGCAAAGGGGAUGGGAAAGAGAUGGGUUUUCCCACUUGAAAGAGACAGCGUCCAUAGUUUCAGUUUGAAGCAACUGCUUGCAACAAAUUAAUAUUUAAGCGCAGUGACUGGGGUUCUAGUCCCAACUACUUCUUCCUGCAAGGCCAAACUACUCCAUAAAGAUUUCCUGAAGCUUGAAAUUUCCCCUCCACAUGUCUGGGACAGCGAGGCAUGACCGGGAAAUGGCGAUUCAGGCCAAGAAGAGGCUUGUUACAGCCACAGACCCCAUUGAAAGACUCCGGCUCCAGUGCUUAGCCAGGGGGUCGGCUGGCAUCAAAGGCUUGGGCAGAGUAUUUCGGAUCAUGGAUGAUGAUAACAGCCGAACCAUCGACUUCAAAGAGUUCAUGAAAGGGUUAAAUGAUUAUGCUGUGGUGAUGGAAAAAGAAGAAGCCCAAGAGCUUUUCAGUCGAUUUGAUAAAGAUAGAAAUGGGAAAAUCGAUUUCGAUGAAUUUCUUCUCACAUUAAGACCCCCAAUGUCAAGAGCCAGAAAAGAGGUCAUUAUGCAGGCCUUCAGGAAGUUAGACAAGACAGGUGAUGGUGUGAUAACAAUUGAGGAUUUACGUGGGGUGUACAAUGUAAAACACCAUCCCAAGUAUCAGAAUGGAGAAUGGUCAGAAGAACAAGUUUUCAGAAAAUUUCUGGAUAACUUUGAUUCACCCUAUGACAAGGAUGGAUUGGUUACACCGGAGGAAUUCAUGAACUACUAUUCAGGAGUGAGUGCAUCGAUAGACACUGAUAUCUAUUUCAUCAUCAUGAUGAGAACCGCGUGGAAACUCUAAAUGUUUCCAAAGAUGAAUUUUUUGACUAUUAUGCUGGGGUUAGUGCUUCUAUCGACAGUGAUGUCUACUUCAUUCUCACGAUGCGAAAAGCCUGGAGAUUGUGACUUUUUGGCUCUUGCUUCUUUCUGGAAUAAAAAAAAAAAACUGUCCCUGGGAUCACAUUGGCAAGGACUUCAGCGUAAUUAAUUAUGACAAUGAUCGUAUAUAUAUAAACUUCCAAAAAAUGUGCUUUUUCCUCUCCUAACAGCCAUGGUCACUCCAUUUUCCUUCAGGCAGUUUUACUUGUGCUAUUGAUUCUUCACAAAUAACCAAAAAUCUCAUUCUGAACAUCAAGAGAGGAAGAACAGAGAUUAUGGACUUGGCCCAUGUUCAAAUAAACUGCAUUUAAAGCACUUAAAAAAA